AUGGGAAAGUCACCUGUCGCUUCCAAAGGUGUCCUGCUGCGUACCUCUUCAGGGUAUGAAGUGGCCCUGGUCCCGCCCGAGCAUCUGCGAGAGCUACAAUGCAGUGUCUGUGGCGACCUGAUCCAAUCAGCCGUGCACGCGCCCUGCGGACACUCAUUCUGCCAGGUGCACCUGCAAGGCGAGCAGGGCUCUCAAAACGAGCUCGAAAUCCAGGCCGGGCGCCUGCGAGAGCUCACGGUCCACAGGAACUUCUCCGUGGAGCGGGCGCGCCAGGCUUUGGCAGCUGUGGGAGAAGGUUCUCUAGAAGAGGCUGCGGAGAUGUGCGAGAAGCUGAGUGGCCUCGAAGGCCGUGCGGUGCGCGUGCGGCCGGAGGUGAAGCAUCCCAAGUUCGAGUGGGGAGCGGUCUCUCACAGCAGCGUUGGUGUUGUGCUGAAGGACGAGGACACGCAGGCUUGGGUGAGCUUCGCCGAGCAGUCGAGCUGGCACUGCCAGAGAGAUGAGCUGGAAAUCGAUCCAGUAGCCGACCAGAUUCGACCGCAAACCCGCGUCCGAAUUCGUGCCGGCGUGACUCCGAAGCGCGGCUGGGGGCUCCUCCAGGUCGACGGGACCGGCACCGUCGUCACACUUACUGGCUGCCAGGUGCGAGUCCUGAUAAAGGAAGGCGCAUGGAGCGGUUUCAUCAACGAACUCGAGGUCGUCGACGAGACCCGCGACGUGAUCGAAGAUGCGGCCCAGAGACUCAAGGAUGGCAAAGCCACCGAAGACGUGCUGGCCCAGUUGCACGCUAUCCUUCAGGAGGUGAGGGACUGCUCAGAGCCUUCCGAGCUGCAGAUCGUCUUGACCAGCAGAGAAUGCGGACCUUUCAUCAACAGCUUCGGCGCCUUUGCAAUGCUCCGGGGUGUUGGCCUUCAGUGUGUCCGCCAUGCAGCAGACCGGACUGUCCACGUCUUUGGUGCUGCGACAGGGGUUACCAACCUCGGAGAGCGCGCGGCGAGCGCGCUGCGGUACCUGGAGCAGCUGUUCGAGACGCCGCUCGGUCCCGCAGCAGAAGCCCAGAUAUCGCGUGCCACGGUCAGAAGUGUAGUCUUGCAUGUCGACGCGGACAUCUUCGCUGCGGGUGUACCAGUGCAGAUGGUCUACCAGGAGCAACUUCGGUCGCUCGUUAUUCCAGCCAUCGCCCCACAGGGCGAGGGCUGGUCCUGGCCGCAGCGAGGCUGGGCUGGUGAGGAGCAAAUGGUGCAGCACCUCCAAGCGUCCCUGCCCGCAGGUAAGGCCGAGCUUUGCCGCGAACAGGAGUUCGAGGAGGCUUCGAAGGUCGCGAAGAGGUUAGAGGAGUCUGGCCUCGUCGCCACCGUGGAAGAAGGUUCGAGCGACCCUCUGAAGGACGCCAGCAUGGAGGUGCCAACAAGCUGGACCGGUAGCCUAGCUCGGGGGAGCCGUGUUCGGUUCCGAGAUGCCGCGAGGUCGGUCUUGCCGAGCACCAUAGAUCCCUCCUGCAUAGGCUUGAUUUGCGAUCAAGUGUUCCACAUCAAAGAAGAUGGAUCGCGCGAGUUGCAGUAUUUUGUUUGCCUUCCAAAGAGCUUGGCAGUGCCUCCAAUUCCCGGGGACAUGUUGGAUGCUGCUCCCGCUGCAGAGCGAAUUCAACCAGGUGUGCGCGUCCGGGUGAACCCACCGCCUGGAAAGGACCCUGCCUAUGGCUGGGGACGCAUCGCAAGUAGCGAUGUAGGCAUUGUACAGCAAGUUCAUCUGGAUGGAAAGGUGGAUGUGUUCUUUAUGUCCGAGGAAAAGCUUUGGCAUGCGGCGCUCCAGGAUCUGGAUACGGAGAACCUGCCCAUGACGCUCCGGCCCAACUGUCCGGUGUGCCAGCGACCCUUUCCGUCAGGACAGCAGUUGAAUCUGGACAUUGCGAUGGAUUCGCAGAUCCGGAGGAUGAAGAAGCUGAUGGCCGGGGCGCGGCACGAGCGGAAUGGCCUGGACCGCGAUGGCGGUGUACCCAGGCUCCUGAGAUCUCAGACGCACCGGGAGGAACUCAAGUGCAACAUCUGCUUCGACCUCGUCGUGUCGCCGGUGACACUGCCGUGUGGUCACACCUACUGCAAGCACCACAUCCAAACGUGGCUUCUAGAAAACGACAGCUGUCCAGUUUGCCGUGUGCGAAUCCUGCACUUCAAGGACCGCGAGAAAAAGCCGAGGCAACUUCGGACAGCAGCACCACUUUUCCAGACGUCCCUGAGGGACGAAGAUGGAAAAGGGGGUCAGCAUUCUGGAGAGGGCUUCGAGCUCCACGUCAACAAGAUGUUGGAGACCCAAGUGAUUCGUUUUUUCCAAGACGAGGUGCAGAACAGAAUCUCGGAGGUGGCCAGUGAAGUCUGGGAUGUCAUCGAGCGGCGGCAGGAUGGCUUCCUCACCCGUCUGCGUAAUUUCCUGGACCAGUUCCGGGCACCAGGGGUGAGCGAGCUUCUGAAGCUCAAGAACAUGGUUGGGCCAGACUCUCCGCUGCCGAACACGAAGGGGGCUACGCUGCUCAUGAUGGCCAGCGAACUUGGCUUAGAGGACACGGUGGAGGAACUCUUGAAACUCUCUGCCGAUCCGUGGAAGACAACCUCCGCCGGCUUUGGUCCGGGGACUUCUGCCUUGCAAAUGGCCUCCGGGCAGGGACACGCAGCGGUGCUCAGGAAGCUGCUUUCAGCAGAGCAGGGUGUGCUCGACUCAAACAGCGCCGCCCUCUGUGCAGACGCACUAGGAGCGGCGAUUGAGGGACACCACAUUGCCUGUGUGGAGGAGCUUCUACGCAUUCCUGAAAUUCCUGAUGUCGCUGAUCUGCGAAAUUGCAUGGAUCUGACUGGACUUCUCACAGCAGUACAGGCUGGGAACACAGAUAUCAUAUCCAUGCUGGUGGAGCACCGGGCGAACAUCGAAGAGCGCACCGCGCAUUCGGGCCUGCUGGUCUCGAAGGCUGGAAGUGAAAAAGUGAACGGGCCUUACCAACAGGUGGGAGAGUAUUGUGGGCGGCCGCUGUACGAGAACCUGUUUGGGGCAGUCGUGUAUUGCAAGGGAUGGUGGAAGAUUGCCCUGUCCCGAGCCAACAUGGAAGAGACAGAGGAGCGCUUCAUCUACUCAGCUCCGGCACCCCAUGAGGAUCUCACCGAGCCGCCCACCGGUCAGUGGACGCUCAGCGGCGGCCGCCGCGAGGACGGCCCAUCACCGCCCCCUGCGCCCAUCAUCCAGUGGAUCGCGCGGGCUGGACAGGCGGCAACCCCUCUGCUGCUGGCCACGCAACUGGGCUUGGGAGGGGUCGUCGAGCGGCUGCUGGAGUCAAAAGCCGACCUCAAUGCAGAGAUGCCUGGCACCAAACAGGUGCCCGUGCACAUCGCCGCGAUGGUCGGGGAACUUGGCGUGAUUCGAGCUCUCAUCCAGGCCAAAGCAAACCUGGCACUCCCGGACGCAGCUGGCUUCACACCUUUAGCACUGGCGAGCCAUGCUGGACACCCGAAGGCUGUUCAGGAGCUAUUGGAUGCCGCAGCUAUGCCUGAGCCGCCUGGGGAGGUACCAUCGCCGGUGGUGCUAGCUGCUGGAUGCGGGAGCUACGUCAUGGAGGGCAGAGCAGGACCUCCUGCCGGUGCGGCAGCGUACUGCGACAUUGUGAAGCUGCUGUUGGAUGCCAAAGGCCGCGGCGGUAGCGGGGACUUCGGCAGUGCUCGCGGAGCUGGCACGGAGGGGCGAAUCGAAGGGGACAGGAAUCUGAGUUUUCAGAUCUUCCAUGGGCUCAUCACGCCCGAGCUUUGGCUUUGCUCUGCCACCUGCAUGUCGAAAUUGCAUUUCAUGGCUCAAGCUUUCACAAGGCCUCAGAGACUUGCUCGGACCCACUUGGAAGACAUGGCUCCGGCAAUGAAGUCCGCGAUGAAGUCCAAGGCCAUGAAGACCAACGCCAAAGCCAUGACCAAGAGCCAGCUUGCCGACCAGCUCGCCACCAAGUCGGAGCUCAAGAAGAAGGAAGUCCUGUCGAUCCUGCAGAACCUUUCCGAGAUCGGUGCCAGCGAAGUCACCAACACCGGCAAGUUUGUUCUGCCAGGGCUGUGCAUGAUCAAGACUCGUCAAAAGCCUGCCACCAAGGGUGGCGUCCGCAUGAUGUUUGGCAAGGAAGUGCAGGUCAAGGCACAGAAGGCGAAGACCAUCGUGAAAGCCACUCCUGCUGGGCCUAGUGGCAGCUCGCCGCUGAUUGCUGCAUUGCGCCGCGCUGCAACCCCGCGGUUGGCGCUGAAGGACCAGGCCCGCGAGCCGCCGCCAGAACCAGUGGUGGGACCACAGGCAGAAGCGGCACGCGCCUUGCUGGAUCUUGGUGCUUCGCCGUUGCUCAACGCGGCGGAUGGUACCAGUGCCCUCAUGCUUGUGGCAGCACUGGAUGACCAGGAGCUGCUUCAGCGGCUGCUGGCUGCCGGCGCGGAGUUGGAUGCCGUCCGCGGCCCCAGCGAGGCGCUGGCAGUGGUCGGAAGCCAGCCUCAGGAUUGGAGAACGAUCGAUGAUUUGCUCAUGCACAUGGAAGGCACCUCGCAGCCACUGCCUCCGAGUGUCCUCUGUCCUCGGGGGCAUUCCAUGGAGAGGUGUAUCGGCUCUGCAAAGCCCGGUGCCACCGGAGACCUCAUUGUGACAGCUGUCGAAAGCAGGCCCUGUGCAGCGACAGUGGUGGAAACCAGAGUUCCGCGAGGUGUACUGGACUUGUUGGCCCUGAUGCCGCUUGACCGGAAAAUAUGCCCGAAGCAACCAGCCGUUGAGAAGGCCUCGGCUUCGCUGCCGGAGGGGACGCCGGAGGCGCUGAGGAGCCCGUCCUUCCUGACUACCAGGAUGGAUGGCUGGUUCACCAUUCUUUCAGAUAGGACUGCGCUGCACCACGCCGUCGUCGCAGGCAGUGAGAAGUCGGUUCGGCAACUGCUGGAGAGGAAGGAAAACGCAUUGACGAAGCAGGCCGAUCCGGCACUGGCGGAUGCUCGCGGCCUCACUCCCCUACACUGGGCGGCCUUCCUAGGCGAGACGGGUGAAGCAGCCGCCGUGAGCGCAGAAGCUGGCGAGGCUGCCGGUGCCGGUGGCGAGGCCGGUGGUGGCCAGGCGGCUGAGGCUGCUGGUGAGGCUGGUGGUGAGGCUGGUGGCGCUGUCGCCGCAGCAGCUGCAGCCGGGGUUCCACCCGACGAGGUGGUCCCUGUCCCGAGCAGGCCUCGAUACCAGAGGACUGACGGUGUGCCGUUCCUCAUUAAGUGGGAUGCAAAGAAUGGCUGGGCACUGUAUCAGACAGCUCCCGGUCCGGCAGGAGUGGAAGCAUGUGUCUUCAAGAGCAGCAAGGACACGCGGUAUUGCCCAGUGGACGGAUGGGCACCAGACGAGCGUGUGCAGCUGGAAGAGACGCCCAAUGUGCGCGUGGAGGAAGUGGCACCUUACCGAUGGGGCAUCCUUCUCUUUCAGGCGACGCCCGCUGAACUCUGGCGACCAUGCUUGCAGGAGGAGGUGGAGGCUCUGCCCGAGCUGAAGCAGAUAUCCUCGGUAAGCCGCAUCUUCAUCCCCGGCCUUCCUGGGAUGCAGAUCUCGCUUUCUGCAGCGGGUGGCGUCGAGGGCAUGCAUCAGCGAGCCUUGGAAAUGGUGAUGCGCGGCAUGGACGAGCCCUCUUGUCCGGUCAGCUGA